UCUGUUUGUAUUUGUUCAUAAAAGUCAAAGUCGGAGAAAAUCACCGCAGCUUUCGUGGAUUUAACGUUUUUCAAAUGUUUAUAACUUGUCGUUGUUUCUUAACCCCCAAAAUCGUCAAAAGCCAAAGGCUUCGGUCAACUCGCAGCACUUUUCGAGCGUGCAUUACUAGAUUUCUUCAUCAAAGCUUGACUCUUUCUCUCGUCAUUUUCGCCGGAAAACAUGGCGUCAAACAUUACUAUAAGUACCGCAGAAGGAAAUUCCGAUCAGGGUUAUGGCUCAAGAGUUCAUUAUCAGGAUCGGUGGGGGGAUUUUAGCAGUGGUGUUAUAAGCUCUGAGAUUCAAGAAGAGUUUUCGAAUGAAUUGUUGGAGAUUAACAAUGGAGUUCCAUUGAAUACGAUUAGAGAAGAAGUUGAAGGAAGUGUAUUUUCGUUUGACUUUCACAACAGGGAUGAUGUUGUUUAUGUUGCAGUCGGGACAAGUGAAGAACCAAGCAUGGAUGCACUUAAGUGGACUCUGAAUAAUGCUGUGAAUCCUUCUUCAACUCUUGUUUUUUUAAUUCAUGUCUUUCCUGAGACAAAAUACAUACCUACACCAUUGGGAAAACUUCCAAUUAGUCAAGUGAACCCGGAGCAGAAGGAGAACUACACGGCCCAAGAAAGAGGAAAGAGGAGAGAAUUCCUCCAAAAGUUUCUUGAUGUCUGUAUCGCUUCCCAGGUAACUGUGGACACCAUACUUAUUGAAAGCGACAUGGAGGCAAAAGCAAUACUGGACCUCAUUCCCAUCCUCAACAUCAGAAAAUUGGUGCUGUACACCACUAAGUCUAAUCUAAGGAAAAUGAGGUCUAAGAAAGCUAGUGGUGGAGCUGAUGAAAUACUACAAGAUGCACCAGAAUACUGUGAGGUUAAGAUCAUAUGUGGAGGAGAUGAAAUAACUGACCCGAAGUUUGAGUCCCCUUUUGCCUCUCCUGCUCCCUCUCCUCGGGCUGCGGAUCGAAUUCCCAAAUCUGUGCAAGAGCAAGAACAAAUCAACAAUGAUUCCAUUGCAUGUGGGUGUUUCAGGCCUAAGACUAGAUUCUGAAUGCUAAAAGAAUCAUGCACCAGUAGAGCAAAAUGGGAAUUGCUCGGAUGGGAGAUCUUAAUGUGGCUUCAUUUUUGCUGUUUGGAAAUUAACCACACUGUAUAAAAAUGAUUUGAAAGUAUAUGCAUCAAAAACUUCAAAACUUGAUCAGCAGAUUUCUUUUCGUUUGUACCAAAAUAAAUAAAUAAAAAUAUCUUUCUUUCAA